AACAUCUUUAACGCUCAAUUAACGACAAACGUUCAUAAAGGUCUUUCGCCUUGUGGCAUCAGCGACAUAGAUUGCAUUUCUGGAAACGAAAUUUUACCAUUCUUUGUUCAAUAACCAGAGUAUUAUUCUUCGUUGCAAAAAUGGCGCUUCCUCGAUGUGUUGCCUCAUCGGCAGCAUCCUCUGCCAGCCUCACGAGAUUGCUCAGCAUUUGCCCAGUAGCGCCACGCCAGUGCCUUCAUGCUUCCCGGAGCUUCUCUUCGUCUAGAUCAGCGUUCAUUAUCACAAGUCGACGUCUGCAAACUGCCACAGCCCACCACCCAAAAAGCUUUGACUCGCAGCCCCCGCCACCGCGGAACAGCGGCGUUCCAGACACUUCCAUUGCGGGCGGGGUUCCGGAGGUCAACGAUACUCGACCGCCACGAUUCAUUGGGGAGUUCGAGGCUCGAACUGAGUCGCACUCAGAUGAGAAGUCGAGCGUGAGCAUCUCCGAGGGAGAGGCACAGAAAGCAAAGCCUACAACGGCAAACCUUUCCCCGACGUCCACUCCGACCCCAUCGCCUUCGCCUGCAAAGCCGAGACAGCGGAAGCUACGUCCUCGAAAGGCAGCAAUGACUUUGUCCUCGACCGCUGUCGAACAACUUCGAAACCUACUCUCACAGCCCGAACCAAGACUCAUUCGAGUAGGUGUCAAGAACCGAGGAUGUUCUGGCCUGGCGUACCACCUCGAGUACGUUGAAAAACCAGGGACCUUCGAUGAAACGGUCGAGCAGGACGGCGUCAAGGUCCUGAUUGAUUCCAAGGCCUUGUUCAGCAUCAUCGGAAGCGAAAUGGACUGGGUUGAGGACAAGCUCAACCGAAGAUUUGUCUUCCGAAACCCCAACAUAAAGGAGCAGUGCGGCUGCGGCGAAUCGUUCAUGGUUUAAUGCAUAAUGCAUGCUGGUUAUGCUCGCGGGCCUUUGGUUUUUGAUUAUUCACCAUUAUGAUGUCACAUAUUGCGGUCGGCGACUUUUGAAAUCUUUUGGAGUUUGAGCAUCGCGAUUGGCGUUUGGGCAACAGGAGGCGUUUUGGAAUGAUGCGAGAUGAGCACAUUUAUUGCUAUUUCCUAAUUACAAAUAUGAAGAUAUUCAUCUUUACUAUUACAACUACUGUUUGAUUUUUGCCCGCUUUCUUCUUUCUCGAUUUGAUUGAUCAGAAGAUUCCCGGAGCAAAGUCAAGGACCUUGAGGUCCUCGAUUAGUCCUGGUGGCGCUGUAGAUAAGCUGUCUACGAAGGCCAAAUGUGCUGGAUCUCUAUUCAGAUAAUAGUAUC